GGGAUAGUCUAGCAGACCACAACUGAGACUUCCUUCAAUAUUUCUUUGCAUUUUUUUGCUGCAGCAGUAUUUGGUCAUUUCCUUCUCAGUUUCUCAGAAAAAAAAAUGGGGCUCAAAGGUAAAAUGAUUGGUCAAACUAACAUCCAUGGCCCUGCUGGAGAUGUGUUCCAUGAUGUCUUCAGCAAAAGACCACACCAUCUUGCCACCAUGACUCCUGAGAAAGUUCAAGGGUUUACUUUGCUUGGUGGUGAUCUUGGAACUGUUGGAUCCAAAAUCUGCUGGCAUUAUACCCAUGACGGGAAAGAUAGGGUGGCAAAGCAGAUUAUUCAAGACAUAAAUGAAGAAAAGAAAUCAAUCGUAUUUAAGAUGAUUGAAGGAGAUCUCAUGGAGCUGUACAAGACCUUCACUAUCAUAUACCAUGUUGAUGUUCUUGGUGACAAAGAAAGUUUGAUUACAUGGACUCUCGACUAUGAGAAGCUGAAGGAAGAUACCCCACAUCCAGGAACCUUGCUCAACUUUUUCCUUCACAUGGUUGAAGACAUUGAAUCUCAUCACAUCAAAAAUGCUUGAACCAUCUAUAUAUAUAUAUAUAUAGAGAGAGAGAGAGAGAGAGAGAGAGAGAGAGAGAGAGAGACAUAUCUUCUAAGUAUUUAGCGUGUUUGAAGUUGCUAUGGUGUCUUCUAAAAUGGAUGCACGAAUAAAUGUGUGCUAUUAAGUGCUAUGUCAUUAUAAAGCUAAUGCUUGUUAGUUUCACAAGCAAUGUUUGUAAAGGUUGAACAACAGAAAUAAAUAUUAUUUGUGAGUAAUGAAUAUUUGUGAUUU